GUCACACUAUUGCAUCCGCGCAAUGACACAGCGGCGAUGGUUCGCGGUGUAGUGCUAGUACUACUUGGAGACUUUUGGAGCCAAUUCUUUUAAUAGUGAUGCGUCGACUUCAUCGUCAUGAUGUAUCUGAUGCUGCGCUCAAUUUUUCACUCUUCCCUGCACCACAAUGACGGUCUCAAAUAAAGUCUACUCGCUAACUCACUCCCAGAAGACACUUACUGCAGCGUUCGCAGCCUCCCCGACAUCAUCACCUGGGUAUCUUGCGAAAACGCUCUAUGCAGAGCAUCACAAGAAGCCCAUAUCCUCCGGAGGUUAUCUGGAGACGUUCAUGGGUGUGCUGCAGCAUGGAAGCGCGAGUGAGACACAGCGAAUUCCAUCUGGUGAACCUACGCAAGCGGAUCUCGACCGCGCUGCCGAGUGCGGAAAUUUUGGCAGUAGACCAAGUGACCUGUUCUUAAAGAUCUACUGUGACGUGCUUGCUACGCUCGAUACAAACCCUUGGGCUGGUGUGGUAUCGCCCCCCUUGCUGGGUUCUAGAGGUGUCGUGAACCUGAGCAUUAUUUCCGUAAUUCCGGAUAUCAUACAGCAUCAUUAUGAUUGCAUCGUCCGUGCUGAGUCGGAAGUGUUUUUGGCAACGAACUUUUGGCAAGCAUCCAAGUCCGCUAGUAAAAUAUGCGAUGCUUUGCUCGAACUCUCGCGCAGAGCGACGAAAAGGGGUAAGAAAGUUGUGGUGAAGAUGAUGUAUGACCGUGCAAAUUUAAAGAUGCUCACGGAAAGCCACAUCAUUGUCGACGACGCAGAAAUGGCCAGUGAUGAAGUAAAGCUCCCCAAGAGGAGCGAUAUGCCAGGGAUCGACUUCGAAUUAGUGAAUUUUCACCAACCUGUUUUUGGAACAUUCCAUUGCAAGUUCAUGAUCGUGGAUCGCAAAAUGGCGCUCCUGAACUCGAAUAAUAUUCAAGACCGUCCUAACAUGGAGAUGAUGAUCCACUUGGAGGGCCCGAUUGUUGACAGUUUGUACGAUACUGCUCUCGUCAGUUGGUUCAGACCCAUGCACCCACCGCUUCCGUUGCUCAAUACCGGGUACCGGCCGCCUAAAGGAGGCUACAAGUUCGGAAUGAAUAAUGAAUAUGCCACGACUUGGAUUCUGGAUGGCAGCAAAGGGGCGGAACUUUUUAAGACACUGCAACAGGAGGCCGGCGGCAUACACGACGAGACGGGGAUAAAGGAGGAAAGGAAGAUCCUGCCUCUUCUGGAUCUCCAGAUGCAGGGCAUACCGUAUGAGCCACCAGCGUCGUCUAGAGAUGAAUACACGCCACAUAUUCUCCACACACGUCAUGGAGAAUGUCCCAUGGUAUUGGUAAACCGUGCACCGAAUGGGAGUCCUGGAAAUCCCGCCAUCCCCGUGGUUGAAGGCAUCUUGAAUGCAGUCAGGCGCGGCAUCGAAUGCACACUGUAUAUAGACGUGGGCUUCAAUGAUGGUGGGGAAGCACUUCCUGGACAGGGAGGCACGAAUGAGGAAGUAUCCAAGACGAUGUUCGCACAAUUAACUGACGAGGAGAAAGAGAAGCUCAAACUCUAUUGGUAUACGGGUAAGGAUCAGAUCAAGCCCGUUAAUGCAUCCGCGCAGAAACGGAACUGUCAUGUGAAACUGAUGACCAUUGAUGAUUCUGUUGGGAUCGUAGGCAACGGCAACCAAGACACGCAGUCUUGGUAUCAUAGCCAAGAGGUGAACGUUAUGGUUGACAACCCUACAGUAUGUCAGGAAUGGUUUGAUGGCGUUCGGAGAAAUCAGAACACGCAUUUACAUGAAGUGGAGAAAGAUGGCAUAUACCGUGAUAAGGACGGCAACCCACUUACGGACUCUACUGGCGUUGGGUCGGGAUUUCGAGGGGUGGUCAAAGGAAUCCAGGGGAGCAUCGCGCGGGUUCGUGGAAAGGGUGGGUUUUAGGCAUUUCUCUUGAAACCUUGUGUAUGGAUGAUAUAGUGUACGACUUAAGUGUCUUGAGUGAGGUGGACACACGUUGGUUGAUAUUAUAAGCGUCUUAUCCCUUGUCGGCCGAAUGC